ACAAAAAUCAACACUAUAGUCAGAGUUCCUGCUCGAAGUGUUGAAGAGAGAAUGGCGGCGCGACUGCCGAUGCCGUCAUCGUCCGGUCUCUACGGAGGAGCGGGAGGCGCCGGCGGUAAGUUCAAGAAACCGCCGGCGCGUAGGCAGCCGACUACUCCGUACGAGCGUCCUCCGGCGAAUCAGCGCCAACCCGCCGCCCACCCCCCCGACUCCGGCUGGCUUUCGAAGCUCGUGGAUCCCGCCCGCCGCCUCAUCGCCGGUGGUGCCAUCAGAAUCUUCCCUUCUUUCUUCUCCAAAUCACCUUUGGCCCCUGCCGCCGCCGCAGCAGCAGACGAAUUAAUCACCGAAGAUCACGGAGACAAGGGAGGCUCAGAGGAAAAGGAAAAUGCCUACAGCGAUAAUGAAGGAUGCACUCUGAAUCUUGGAUCAGGAUCUACUGGUGGAACAAAUCCUAGCAUUGGAGCAGACACGUUCAAUACCAACUCUGACUUUGGUCAGGUUUGGCAAGACAAAGAAAGCAGCUUAGGUGAUGGUACUGAACUUUUGAAAAUUGAGCAGCUGGUAAAGGGAAGAAGGUUUUCUAGGGACGAGAUCAAUCAUUUGUUAGAGAUAUUAAAUUCUAGGGGUGCUGAUGUUUCUAACAAUGAACCAGAUGAAAAGAAACAAAAAAUGGGCACUAUAAGAGAAGGCAAAGGGCCUAUGCUGAUCCUUGAAAACCCACAUAGAAUUACUACUGAAGAAAAGCAGGAGGGGUUGAGUGUUGGAACCUCAUUACCGUUGCUCCAGUCAGCUGUCAUUGAUGAAGUUGGUGCUUCACCUGUUGAUGUUGCAAGAGCUUAUAUGGGAAGUCGACUAUCAGAAAUAGGCACUGAUUCUAAGUGGAGCAUGUCAAAAGAUGAAAGAUUGCUAGUUCAAAAUGAUGGAUUUGCAAAAGUGCCUUUAAUUUCAUCACCUUCACCUAAGUCAUCUGUGUGUUGGCCGGGCACCAUGUUAGAAGAUCGUCAAGGCUAUUCAACACCACAAAAUGUAAGUAGAAGAUUCAGGCAUAAUCACUUCCAAGGAACCCCAUAUUCCAGACCCAUACAUUCCAGAAUUGCCUAUUCGAAGUCCAAUUCCAUGCUGACUCAUCUAGAAGCUGAUAAGAAUAAGAGUCUGGACAUCUUCUCAACCCCCAGGCAGCGAUGUCAAACCCCACUUUACAGCCAGGCGCAUAUUAAGUCAAAGGGUGAUGGUAUACUUGAUGACAUCAGGUCAGUGGGGCCUAUUCGUCGAAUGCGACAUAAGUUUCUCCCGCAAGCUCCAGCCAGGGGAUCCGUCUCUCUAUAUUUUCCCCAGCGAGGAACUUCGUCAGCAGCUAAUUCUGAAGGCUACAUGCCUGCUAUAAAGAAGAACUUGGAGGCUGGAGAAACCAGCACUGCAAGUGAGUUUAAAACAGUGGACAAUGCAAAGAACAGUUCCGAAGUAGGUAUUGCAACCCUUCAGACAUCUAAUCCUGCUGCUAGAGCAAUUCUUGAGCACCUUGAUAGAAACAAGCCCACAGCUAAGGAGAAGUCUGCUGAAUUGCAGCUAGUCACUGCAUGGAAGAAAUCUUCAUCUGCCAGAGUUACUGAUGCAAUCCUAAAAGAACGUAUAGGUUUGACGCAUUUAGAAGGGUCUGAUUCUCAUAAGAACACUGAAGUUGAGAAGGAACCUUAUGCUCUCGGAACUGGAGGGAAAAUUUUUGAAGUGAAACCUCAGCAGAGAUUUAAAAGGGAAACUACUGAUGUAAAUAAAGAUGCUGGUGCUUCUACCGUCAAUGGAGUUCAUAGUUCUCAAAUCAAGUGCACCACCGAGACUGCUUCCUUAGGGUUCACAGGUAGCAGACACAAAGGCACAAAUGAUCUGUGGCCGUUCCAAAGUCAAAUUAGAUCGCAGGGAAUUGCGAAUACAGUUUCCAACUCUGCUGGCUCUGAGAUGCUAAGCAAGCCUUCAUUUCACACUUCAGGGGCAAAGCCGGUUUUACCUUCUAUUUCUGUUGGUAAGCCUGACAUGACACAAGUAGCUUUUUCAGUUAAUAACUCUGCAUUCACAUUCCCCGUCUCCACAUCUUCUGGCAUACUCUCUGAGCCGCCAACGCCAUCUAUCUUGCCAUCUACCUCAGCCAGUAGUCUGCCUCAGCAGAAUGUGGACCCUGCAGUUCCUUCAUACAGUUUUGGCGACAAGAGAUCUUCUCCAGCCCUUAUUUUCUCUUUCACCUCAACAAGCUCUAUACAAGAUGGUACAUCGAACCUUAACUUCAGCUUUGGAUCAGACAAGAACGGGUUAUCUUUCGGGUCAUUUGGGAAAGAUGCCAUUUGCUAUUAAUCAUACCGGCAAAUAUCAUAUGUUUAGGCCCUCCUCCUUCCUUAAUCUGUACUCUAUGUCAUGUUGACUUUUAGUUGAUAAGAAGAAUCAUAAAUUGUAUUUGUUGCUUUUGCCUCAAACUUCAUAAACCUGAUUCGUGUUUGUUGAGCUACAAAACCAGUACUUACAGAGCGCUAGGGACUAAAAUGAUUUCAAUUUUCAAUUGUC